AUGGAAAGUAUAAAAUAGGAGCGAAAUUUUGUAAAUGAACAUUCUAUAUCAAAAUACUUAAAGUGUACUAUUUGUUCGGCUGUUUUUGAUGAACCCACUAGAUUAAAAUGCGGCCAUACUUUUUGUAAACCAUGCAUUGUUUUCUGGUUGAAGGAUCAUCCUAAUUGUCCUCAAUGCAGAGCAAAUACAAAAUAAAAGGACUUCUAAUCUGAUCGUAUUGCUGCAGGAAUUAUAAGUGAACUGGCUGUUUAUUGUUUAAAUAGAAACUAUGGUUGUAAAUGGAAAGGUGUUAUAGAUAACUUAUAAAUUCAUUAAAAGAAAUGCAGUGCUAAAAGUGAUGCAACUUAACUUAACCUGAAAAUGGAAUACUAUUAGGAGAACGAUGAGGAUUACGAACUUGCUUAAUCAAAUGAUCCAGGAAAUAUAGGCACAAGAAUAUUGGCCAAAUUGAAGGAUAAAGGAGAGGUCAUUGAUGCCUUAAAAUCUUCCAAUGAAAAUACAAAAGAUGAUAAUUUAGAAGAAAAUGAUCCAAUGUUAUUUUUGGAUGAAUUGCAAAAAUUAUCAGAAAACAUCCCUUUAGAAGAAUAGAGGGAUAAACUUUCUUUUAACGAAAAGAGAGAAACUAACUUUGAUGAUGAAGAUCUACCUAAGCAAUGCCGUGAAAGAAUAAAUAAAUAAUCAAAUAUGUGA